AUGGGUCUGGGUCAGAGCAGAGAGGAGGUAGUCCUUCCCUCCAGAACCUCCCCAAGGGGAAAACCUGGGAGAGAAGAAGAGAGCUGUGUGUCCUUGAAGAGUGACAGAUCCAAGGAUUUAAUUAUUCAUUUUAAAGAUACCCAACGAUCUCCCUCAGUGAGGAGACAAUCUGGACCUGGUCCUGGACCUGGUCCUGGACCUGGACCUGGUCCCAGCUGUGUGUCCUUGAAGAGUGAUGCAUCAAAGGAUUUAAUUUGGGAGUUUAAAGAUACCCAACGAUCUUCCUCAGUGAAAGUGGACCAGCAGAUCUCAGAGUCCCCCAGUGGUCCGUCUGUCCAGCAGCAUCAGACCCAGCUGGACUCCGUCUUUCAGCUGCUGGAGGACGACAUGAAGGUUGAGCUGAAGAAGAUCCAGAAGGUUUUGAGUCCAGAUUACCCAGAAUCCUCAGAGAGUCUGGAGGAGGAUGAAGAUGAAGAGCAGAAGAGCAUCAGAGAGACAUUCAUGAAGAUCACAGUGAAGUUCUUGAGGAGGAGGAAGCAGGAGAAGCUGGCCGACCUCCUGCAGAGCAAGACAGUGGCUGCCGUUUGUCAAUCCAAACUCAAAGUUCAGCUGCAGAAGAAAUACCAGCAUGUGUCUGAGGGGAUCAUUAAAGCAGGAAAUAAAACCCUUCUGGAGCAGAUCUACACGGAGCUCUACAUCACAGAGGGAGGGACCGGAGAGGUCAACCAUGAACAUGAAGUCAGACAGAUUGAAGCAGCUUCCAGGAAACCAGACGGAGCAGAAACAGCCAUCAGACAGGAAGACAUCUUUAAACCCCCACCUGGAAGAGGAGGACCAAUCAGAACGGUGAUGACGAAGGGAGUGGCCGGCAUCGGGAAAACAGUCCUAACACAGAAGUUCAGUCUGGACUGGGCUGAAGGCAGAACCAACCAGGACAUCCAGUUCCUGCUUCCAUUCACCUUCAGACAACUGAAUGUGCUGAGAGAGGAGAAGUUCAGCUUGGUGGAACUAGUUCAUCACUUCUUCUCUGAAACCAGAGAAAUGUGCAUGUUUGAAGAGUUCCAGGUCGUGUUCAUCUUUGACGGUCUGGAUGAGAGUCGACUUCCUCUGGACUUCCACAACAAUGAGGUUGUGACUGAUGUAACAGAGUCCACCUCAGUGGACGUGCUGCUGACAAACCUCAUCAGGGGGAGCCUGCUUCCUUCUGCUCGUCUCUGGAUCACCACACGACCCGCAGCAGCCAAUCAGAUCCCUCCUGAGUGUGUUGACAUGGUGACGGAGGUCAGAGGGUUCACUGACCCACAGAAGGAGGAAUACUUCAGGAAGAGGAUCAGAGGAGAGGAGAAGACCAGCAGGAUCAUCUCCCACAUCAAGACAUCACGGAGCCUCCACAUCAUGUGCCACAUCCCAGUGUUCUGCUGGAUCACUGCUACGGUCCUGGAGAACGUCCUGGAGAACGUCCUGGAAACCAGAGAGGGAGGAGAGCUGCCCAAGACCCUGACUGAGAUGUACAUCCACUUCCUGGUGGUCCAGGCCAAACUGAAGAAGGUCAAGUAUGACGGAGGAGCUGCGACGGAUCCACACUGGAGUCCAGAGAGCAGGAAGAUGGUGGAGUCUCUGGGAAAACUGGCUUUUGAGCAGCUGCAGAAAGGAAACCUGAUCUUCUAUGAAUCAGACCUGAGAGAGUGUGGCAUCGAUGUCAGAGAGGCUUCAGUGUACUCAGGAGUGUUCACCCAGAUCUUUAGAGAGGAGAGCAGCCUGUACCAGGACCAGGUCUUCUGCUUCAUCCAUCUGAGUGUUCAGGAGUUUCUGGCUGCUCUUCAUGUCCGUCUGACCUUCAUCAACUCUGGAGUCAACCUGCUGGAGGAACAAAGGAACACAGAGACUGACCUCUAUCAGACAGCUGUGGACAAGGCCUUAGAGAGUCCCAACGGACACCUGGACUUGUUCCUGCGCUUCCUCCUGGGUCUUUCACUGGAGACCAAUCAGAACCUCCUACUAGGUCUGUUGGAACCAGAACAAAGAAGUUCACAGAACAAUCAGGAAACAGUUGAAUACAUCAAGAAGAAGAUCAGUAAGGAUCUGUCUGCAGAGAGAAGCAUCAACCUGUUCCACUGUCUGAAUGAACUGAACGAUCGGUCUCUGGUGGAGGAGGUCCAACGGUACCUGGGGUCUGGACCUCUCUCCACAGAUAAACUGUCUCCUGCUCAGUGGUCGGCUCUGGUCUUCAUCUUACUGUCAUCAGGAGAUCUGGAGGUGUUUGACCUGAAGAAGUUCUCAGCUUCAGAGGAGGCUCUACGGAGGCUGCUGCCGGUGGUCAAAGCCUCCAAGAAAGUUAUGUUGGAGGGCUGCGUGUUGUCAGAGAUCAGCUGUUCUUCUCUGGUCUCAGCUCUGAAGUCCAACCCCUCCCACCUGAAACAUCUGAAACAUCUGGACCUGAGCUGGAACCAGCUGCAGGAUUCAGGAGUGAAACAUCUGUGUGGUUUCCUGGAGAGUCCAGACUGCAGACUGGAGACUCUGAGCUUGCAGUGCUGCGGUCUGUCAGGGAUCAGCUGUUCUUCUCUGGUCUCAGCUCUGAAGUCCAACCCCUCCCACCUGAAACAUCUGGACCUGAGUAACAACUACAAGCUGCAGGCUGCAGAUGUGGAGCAGCUGUCUGGUCUGGUGCAGAGUCCACACUACCAGCUGCAGACUCUCAGGUUGGAGAGAUGCGGGAUGUCAGACAUCAGCAGUUCUUCUCUGGUCUCAGCUCUGAAGUCCAACCCCUCCCACCUGAAACAUCUGAAACAUCUGGACCUGAGUUACAACCACCUGCAGGAUUCAGGAGUGAAACAUCUGUGUGGUUUCCUGGAGAGUCCAGACUGCAGACUGGAGACUCUGAGGUUGGAGAGAUGCGGGAUGUCAGACAUCAGCAGUUCUUCUCUGGUCUCAGUUCUGAAGUCCAACCCCUCCCAUCUGGAACAUCUGAAACAUCUGGACCUGAGUCAGAACCAGCUGCAGGAUUCAGGAGUGAAACAUCUGUGUGGUUUCCUGGAGAGUCCAGACUGCAGACUGGAGACUCUGAGGUCAGACAUGUUUUAGUUUUGUGUUCAGAUGAAUGUGAUGAUAAA